UGCGCACACACACACACACACACUUUGACACACAAGUACACACUCACACACACAGCAACCCUGGACCUGGAGCAGCAUCGUCCACUUUAUUUACGUCUUUAUUUAUUGAUGUUCACUUAGCCUGCAUGGCUUUUCAUUCAAAUUAUUAGUAUUUUUAUUUAUUUAUUUUUUUUGUUUCUGCGCCUCUGCUGUGCACUUUAUUAUUUUUUUUCUUUCGACAAAGAGGGAGAAACAAAACAGAGACAUCAUGAUGUCCAUGAACAGCAAACAGCCUCAUUUCGCCAUGCAUCCGAGUUUACCCGAGCACAAAUACACUACUUUACACUCGAGCUCGGAAGCGAUCCGGAGAGCGUGUCUCCAAACUCCACAGUUACAGAGCAACAUCUUCGCGAGCCUGGACGAGACCCUUCUGGCGCGCGCCGAGGCCCUGGCGGCCGUGGACAUGGCGGUGUCGCAGGGCAAAGCGCACCCGUUCAAACCGGACGCCACGUACCACACGAUGAACAGCGUGCCGUGCUCGUCCACGUCCACGGUGCCCAUCGCUCCGCCGCACCAUCCGCACCACCACCACCACCAUCACCACCACCAGAACCUGGAACCACCGGAUCUGAUGGAUCACAUCACCUCGCCUUCACUAACCCUGAUGAGCAGCGCGCACGAGGCCGGCGGAGGAGCUGGAGGAGGCGGCGGAGGAGGAGGUGGAGGCGGCGGUGGAGGUGGUGGAGGCGGAUUGAUCUCCACCUCGGCGCAUCCGCACUCACACAUGCACGGCUUGAGCCAUCUCUCGCACCAGGCUGCUAUGAACAUCAACUCUCCGCUCGGACACCACCACCACCCGCACCAUCCACAUCCAGGGCUUUUACCCAGCCACCCCGGCAGCGCACAGGGCGCCUCCGGCCUUGUUCCUAAUGGACUUCCCUCUCUGCCCGACUCGGAUACGGACCCGCGCGAGCUCGAGGCGUUCGCCGAGCGCUUUAAACAACGGCGGAUCAAACUCGGUGUCACCCAAGCGGACGUGGGAGGCGCCCUGGCCAAUUUGAAAAUCCCUGGCGUGGGCUCGCUCAGUCAGAGCACCAUAUGUAGAUUCGAGUCUCUAACACUGUCCCACAACAACAUGAUAGCGCUCAAGCCCAUUCUUCAGGCCUGGCUCGAGGAGGCCGAGGGCGCGCAGCGCGAGAAAACGAACAAACCUGAGCUGUUUAACGGCGCCGAGAAGAAGCGCAAGCGCACAUCCAUCGCCGCGCCCGAGAAGCGCUCUCUCGAGGCGUAUUUCGCCGUUCAGCCGCGACCCUCCAGCGAGAAAAUCGCGGCCAUCGCCGAGAAAUUGGACCUCAAAAAGAACGUGGUGCGCGUCUGGUUUUGCAACCAAAGACAAAAACAGAAACGGUUGAAAUUUUCAGCGGCGCACUGAUGAUGCUGAUGAUGAUGGUGAU